AUGUCAUUCGGUUUCGGCAGUGGCGGCUUCGGCCAGAACAACAAUUCAUCGACUUUUGGUGGCUUUGGCUCGACUCCGACCACGAACACAGGGUUUGGUUCGACCGGCACCACGGCAUUUGGCUCGACCUCCAAUACCACCGGCGGCGGUCUGUUUGGCGGUGGUGGCGGCGGCUUCGGCUCCGGCAACACCUUUGGCAGCGGCUUUGGCAGCAAACCGGCCUUUGGCACACCCGCCACGACCAGCUCCACCAGUCUUUUCGGCUCCACGACCACCACUGCUGGCGGUACCGGCUUCGGCAGCGGUGGCUUUGGCAGCACAAAUACCAGCUCUCCAUUCGGUGGUGGCGGUACGUCACUCUUUGGCAACAAGACUACCACCGGCUUCGGGUCUGGCACAUCGACUUUUGGAAGCAACACUGGCGGCGGCCUCUUUGGCGGCGGCUCAACCACCACCGGUUUCGGUGCCACUAACAAUCCAGGCAUUGGGACCAAUGUCGGCGAUCCCCCUGGCACAGCCGUUGUUCCCUUCUCUCCUACUGUCGAGAAGGAGGUGAAUAAUCCCUCUCAGAGCAAUUCGUACCAGAACAUCCUUUUCAUGGAUGCCUACAAGAAAUGGUCUGCCGAAGAAUUGAGAUUGGCGGAUUACAACCAGGGUCGCAAGACUGCUGCCCCUGGCGGAACUGGUGCCUUUGGCAGUUCCGGUUUUGGCGGCUUUGGCACAACUUCCAACACUGGCGGUUUCGGUUCCAAUACUGGCGGUGGCCUGUUCGGUAACACCCAGCAGAAUACUGGAGGCUUUGGCACGACCAAUACCACUGGUAGCGCCUUUGGGUCUGGCGGCGGCCUCUUCGGCAACAAGCCUGCCACUGGCGGCCUUUUCGGUACUUCAUCCUCACAGCCCGCUCAGAGCGGUGGGUUGUUCGGUAGUGGCACCGCUAGCACUUUCGGUUCCAGCAACACUGGCACCACGAGCACCUUCGGCUCUAACAACAACACCGGCGGCGGCCUGUUUGGAAGCAACAACACUUCCUCGAAGCCAGCCUUUAGCUUUGGCACUUCUAACACCAGCACUCCGGGCUUCGGCACCGCAACGACCGGUUCUGGUUUUGGCACAGGCACUACCACAAACACCGGUGGCGGCCUCUUUGGUAACACGGCUCAGAACACUAACACUGGUGGUGGUCUCUUCGGCAACCAACAGCAAUCUGGCUCUGCGUUUGGCAGCGGCACCGGCUUUGGCCAACAAAAUCAGUCUACUGGCACAUCGCUGUUCGGCAACACUCAGCAAAAGCCCGGUGGUUUGUUCGGCUCUACCACGACCAAUACUAGUGGUGGCCUUUUCGGAAGCACCAACACGGGCACUUCUACCUUUGGCCAGACUCCCGCCACUCAGAACACGGGCGGCGGUCUGUUUGGUUCCAAGCCUGCCGGCACCGGUGGCUUGUUCGGUUCUACCGCCACUAACCAACCUGCUUCUACUGGCGGUCUCUUUGGAAACCUCAACACUAAUGCUCAAACCCAACAGCCUGCGACGGGUGGGCUGUUUGGCAAUCUGGGCCAGAACAACCAAGCCAAACCCUCUCUGUUUGGUACCUCGACAACCACUGGCGGCGGUCUCUUCGGUAACACGAACGCUCAGCAACAGACCGGAAGUCUAUUCGGAACCUCUACUGCCCAACAGCAGCCGCAAACGGGCUUGGGCGCUUCGCUCUUUGGGUCUUCUCAACAGCAACAGCAGCAGCCGCAGACUUUCUCGACUAGUAUCACCGACAUAUCUGCGUACGGUGCCACAACACUGUUUUCGGGCCUUCCCGAUGACAAGAUCCAGAAUCCCGGUCCCCUCGCGACGCCUCUGUCUGGCAAGGCCAAGGUUAAGAGCCGGUCAAUCUUGCCCAUGUACAAGCUCAGCCCGGCCAACGCAUCCCGCCUUGUCACUACCCCACAAAAGCGCGCUUAUGGCUUCUCAUUCAGUGCCUACGGAUCGCCCACAAGCCCGUCCUCCAGCGCGUCGAGCACUCCCGGUGCCUUCGGCCAGAGCAUCCUUUCUAGCAGUAUCAAUCGCGGCCUGAACAAGAGCAUCUCGGCUAGCAACCUUCGUCGCUCCCUCAACGUCGAGGAUAGCAUCCUCCAGCCCGGUGCGUUCUCUGCUAACUCGAGCAUGCGCCUGCUUGGCGGCCCUGGCAGCCACAAGAAGCUGGUCAUCAACAAAGACAUGCGUACCGAUUUGUUCAGUCCUCCGAAUAAGGACAAGCAGCCUCAAGAGGAUGGCACUGCCGCUCGCAAGACCGUGACCAAGCGCGUCAGCUUCGACACAAGCAAUGUUGAGACUCCCGAGAAGACAAUUGAAAGCAGCAUCCCUGCCACUGAUGAUUCCGGCUAUCUGAAGCCUGAUGCCCGUUCUACCGCCAACGGCACUAACGGCGCGAAUGGCGCCAAGUCGUCUCCCGUUGCUGCUGCCUCCCCCCCCGAGAUGGAGCAGGUUAAGGGCAAGGAACUCGCUGUCGUCCACGAAGAGGAGUCCCCUGCUCCUGCUCAGACCGACAAGCCGCGCGGUUCCCAGAUUGAGCCUGGCGCCUACUGGAUGUCGCCCACUGCUGACGAUAUCCGCGCCAUGAACAGGAUGCAGCGCCAGCGCGUUGUUGGCUUUACUGUUGGCCGUGAGAAUGUGGGCAGUGUCCAGUUCAAGGUUCCCGUGGAUCUGAGCAACAUCAAUCUUGAUGAUCUCUUUGGUACUAUCGUCAUUUUAGAGCCGCGCUCCGCCACUGUUUACCCGAACGCGGCCAAGAAACCUCCUAUGGGCAAGGGUCUGAACGUGCCUGCUCUUAUUUCCCUGGAGCACUCAUGGCCCCGCGGCGGUCCUACAAUCAAGGGCCGUCGCCUUGAGCGCCACAUUGAGCGCCUGAAGUCCAUUCCCGAUACGACGUUUGAGAGCUACGACCCUGAGACUGGUGUCUGGGCUUUCUCGGUUGAGCAUUUCACGACCUAUGGUUUAGGUGACGACGAUGACUACGAUGAUGAUGACUACGAGACAGAGCCCGAGUCUGCCGUUAAGUCGACUCCGCGCCCGGUGACGAGCCCGUCGAUCUCUAAGAGCUCGACCUCCCCUAUCGACCCCGAUGACACGUUCGAAUUCAGGCGCAGCCGCCGCGCCCUUCCCGGCGCCUUCGAUGAUGCUGCUUUGUCUGACACUGACGAGGUUGCUAACCACGCUCAACGCCAGGGUACGCUGUCUCCGGAGCCGCAGGACGCUGAUACCCCCUUGCCAUCGCGGGAAUGGCCCGAAGAUGAAAGCAUGGCUGACGGUCUCGAUGAAUACCAGCUCGAAGCCUAUGAAGAGGCGUCUCAGCAGGGAUCCGUCGACGAGCAGGAGGAUUUUUUACCCUCGCGUUUCGCCGCCGACAAUGACGCCCCCCAGGUCCCUGCUGGAAUCAUGAGGGCACGCAUGCGCGCGGUUAAGAAAUUAAAUGCGCCCACGAAAAUCGAAGUAGCCGGUGGUGAUGAUUGGACUCAGAUUUUGCAAGCGAGCGUUAAGGCUCCCCGUACGAUGGAUCGGGCAACAUUGCGGGCUCUGAACGAGUCUGGUGCAGUGUGGGAAAUGAAGGAUCGUGGCAGUCCUCCUCCUCAGGCGACUGCAACUGUCUCCGACGGAAUGGGCUUUGCCACCAGCAUCGAUUUGAUGAAGUCGCUGUUUGAGCAAGCGAAGGCCCCGACUCAGCCAGCGUUGACGACUUCCGGCAAAGGGUUUGUGAAGUGGCCUUAUGAGCAACGUUCUAAGACUGAUACCGAGGAAAAUUUGGCAGUUCCCCGAACCAACUGGGGCCCUAACGAACUUUUGAUUUCAACCCAGCACAACGAACCGAAUCUGUUGCCCGUUGAUGCUGCCGACGACUCUGCCACAUCUCCCAGCACUCUUGCUCGUCUUCAGCAGUACAUCAACCUUGUUUCGAGCAAGAAGCAACUCCAGCGGGUAGCUGGCCCAGAGUUUCGUGAACUGGCACAAGGUGAUUCCGUUUGGGAGCUCGCCGCACUACUCUUCGAUGACAACGGUGAAGGUGUUUCUCAGUUCUGGCAGCAGCUUGUCUCUGAGGCUACUGACCGCGCCCUUUCUUUCACCGCCGGUCUCGAGGAGAAGGCCAUCAUUUGCUUGGCUGGCAACCGUGUGGACGAAGCUUGCCGCCACUUGCUUGCUGCCGGCAAUUUCCGACUUGCUACUCUCGUGUCGACCAUCGGCAAGGUUGAUAAUAAGGACAUCCGCGCCCAGUUAAAGGAUUGGCGGGAGUCAAACGUGCUGGCUGAGUUCUCCGAGCCCAUUCGGGCUAUCUAUGAGCUCCUGGCUGGCAAUGCGUCUGUUUGUGCUGGGGUCAAGAACGUUCCAAUCGAGAAUCGCGUCAAUUCUUUCACCAUUUCUCAGCGUUUCGGAUUGGAUUGGAUGCGGUCAUUCGGUCUGCGCCUGUGGUAUACUAGCGGUGUGAUUCCUGAUGUUGCUGCAGCAGUCCGUUCCUUCCAGGAGGAUAUCGAGCAGGAUCGCGAGCCAGAGCCUGACAGCGCGCUGUGGACACUUCUCAAGGCCUUCGCUAGCCGCGAGUACGACUGGUCGGAUACACGCCUCGGAUGGCUCCUCACUAAGGCCAUCUAUACGACGGGAAAGGUCUCGUUUGGUGAGGAUGCUUUGCAGAAGCUCGAUAAGGCAUCAGUCACCUUUGCCUCGGCGCUGACGGCGGCAUCCCACUGGGUCCCGGCCACCUUUGUUCUCCUCCAGCUUUCCGACCCCGCUUCGCGCGAGGCCGCAGUCCGUGACCACCUCGGCCGCCAUGCCCACCGCAUCGGCUCUCCUCGCAACCUCAUGAGUCCCUUCUUUACUCUCCAGAAGUUUGGCGUGCCGGAGGCUUGGAUAUGGGAAGCCAAGGCCCUGGACUACCGCUCCCGUCAGGACUCCCAACAGGAGUUCCUUGCCCUCAUCUGGGCACAGAACUACGCCGAAGCGAACCGGACAUUUGUCACGCGCGUUGGUCCCGACCUGGUCAUCGAGCGCAACCUCCCGCGCCUGUUUGCCUUCGCCCAGCUGCUCUUCAAGGUCAAGAAGCACCUGCCUAACUGGGAGCGUAGCGCUGCUGUAUACCUCCUUUACCCGAUGGCCGUGAUGCAAAAUCAGGGCUCUGGGAAGUUGGAUCGCUUUGACAACCAGCUCAUCGAUGGUCUGGUGGCGCUUCACAGCCAAACCCACGGCGACAUCCGCCAGGAGGCGGCCAUCGCAGAUAUGGCGGAGGAAUUGAUCAAGUGCAAGGGCGCCGCUGCUGCUUCAGAUCCACGGUUGCUUCAGCUGCUGCCGCAAGAUGUUCGGGGCAAGUAUCUGCGUGCUCAGGUGCUGGAGGCGUUUUGA